CUGUCAACAACAUCUCAUCCUGAAGACACGCUCACCACAGCUGAGAGUGGGAAAUCAGUUUGAGACCUAGCAUCAUUUAAACCUCCUCCCAAGGCACAAAAGUCAGUUUAGAAGAGAAAAAUGAAGACAAGACGUUUUAAAAUGGUCCUCAUGCUGCUGGCAGCCAUGAUUCUAAUGGACAUCUUUCAGGUGAACGCUGAAACAUUAGACAUGGCAGAUAAUGCAUUCGAUGAUGAAUACCUGAAAUGUACUGACAGGAUGGAAACCAAAUAUAUUCCUCAACUGCUCAAGGAGGAAAAAGCAAGCCAUCAACUCUUAGAGACUGUGUGGGAAAAUGCGACAGCCAAAUGGGAAGCCCGGAAAACUCAGAUCUUUCUCCCAACGAGUUUUCAGGAUAACCAUGGAAUCGCCCUGAUGGCAUAUAUUUCUGCAGCUCAAGAGCAAACUCCCUUUUACCAUCUGUUCAAUGAUGCUGUGAUGACGGCUGGCCAGUCGCGAAAAGAUUAUAUCUACUCCUUCCAGUUCAAAGCUUUUCAUUUUUACCUGACAAGAGCCCUGCAGUUGCUGAGAGGACCUUGUGAGGACAGUUACAAAAAUGUGGUGUAUAGAACAAGCCAGGGCAUUUCAUUUACAUUUGGAGGGCUAAACGAAGCCAGGCUUGGCCAUUUCACCUUGGCAUAUUCAAACAAACCUCAAGCUACUAAUGACCAGCAUGUUGUGUUAACCAUCUACUCGUGCUUUGGAGCUGACAUUGAAAAAUUUCUUGAUAAAGAGAGUGAAAGAAUUAUUUUAAUACCUCUGAGUGAGAUUUUUCAAGUGUCACGGGAAGAGGCUAGCAAUAACCUUAUCCUUCAAAGCACAAACAGGACCUGCAGCCAUUACGAGUGUGCGUUUCUAGGUGGACUAAAAACUGAAAAUUGUGUUGAGAGCCUAGAUUAUUUUCAACCCAUCUAUGUCUACAACCCUGGUGACAGAAACCAGAAACUUGAAGACCCUGGAAUAAAAAGUCAGGAGCUCACUGCCUUACCUGGUAUGAAAAUCCUUGAACCCACCCAAAUACCUGGAAUGAAAAUUUCAGGAACUUUCCCAUUACCUGGAAUAAAAGUGGUCCAAUCACAUGAAAAACCAGAAUCUAAAAGUGAAGGAAAUAUCAACAGUCCUACUCCAGGUCCAGUUCCUGUUGCCAGUCCCAAAACCCAUCCUUCUGCAUCCUCUGGCAAAGUGCUCCUUCCACCAUUUGGGACAUUCAUCGUUUUAAUCAGUGCUUCUGCUGUAAAUCUCUUUAUUGCUCUGUAGUUUGAUAUACUCUUUACCUUUCUUAUCCCUUACUUUUAAUAUACUAUAGGGAUCCCACAGGAGAUCAAAAUGAUGUAUUUUUCAGUUGUUGGCAAAGUCACUCGAUAAAAUGAGAACUGUAUAUUUGUUAUUCCUUUUGAAAGUUCUGAAAGUUGGUCCAGCUAUGUCACAGAAUUAACUUUUCACUUAUUUCUAUAUUAAUCUUAUG